AUGCAUUUGCUCGAGAUUCCACAAGAACUUCUAUUGUCAGUGUUAGCGGUAGCCUCUUUUGAAAAUAAAGACUUGCUUCAUUUGGCGCUAACCUGUCGUCAAUGGGCUUCCUUAGCCUUGCCACACUUAUGGCGAACCCGACGUCUCAGUAAAGGAAAUGAAUACAAGCAAUUCAAGACAACGGUUCAAGAUUCUCACGCUGCAAAAGCUUUGCACCCUUAUGGUGAAUACGUCAAAAAACUUCAAAUCAAUGAGCGUACUGAUAUAACGCCACCAAGUUCCAUUGACGCCGAGGUGAUUUCAUUCAUCGCGAAAUUUUGCCCAAACCUUAUCGAACUUGCACUUCGAUUCAGCACGAAAGAGCGAAAUAAUCUAAUGUGGAGAUUACCAUUGUCAUUACUCGCGAAUCGACUUAAUAAAUUAGAUGUUGUCGGUUAUGAGCAUGAUGUUCGUUCAUCCGCUUCUGGAUUUCUUCAAUUGAUGAAUCAAUGGUUAGAUUAUGCAGAAGAUGAUGCUUAUAGAGAUGAUAAUUACGACGCGCUCUGUGAGAUUGCUCACAAACUUAGGCAUAUUGUACUUACUUAUCCUAAAAUUCCCAAUGAUAUGUGGGAAAAUCUCGCAAAAAAUGCUGGCAGCUCUCUUGAACACAUUGAGGUCCAUAUCAACGGUUCCAUCGUUCCUGAUCUUAGUCCAUCGCUCAUUACAAAGUCGUUUGCAAGCUAUUGCUCUAACCUGAGAUCCUUUAUUUUGGCAUCAUUCGUAUGUGAACCAGUUUCGAAGGAAGCUUUGCUCGAACUUAUUCAAGCUACUCCCAAACUGUCAAAAUUAGAUAUCGCGAUUGCAAGUGAUGCUGCUAGCGUCCUUCCAGAUUCUACUACCUUACACACAGUUUAUCUUUCAUCAACGAUUCAUGGUGACGAUUUGAAAAAUUUUGGUCGCAUGAAUAGUCUGAUCUCUUUGUCGAUUCAAAAAAUCGAAGGUUAUUGUGAUUUCAAGUUUUUGAGUAUGCUGCCGAAUCUCGAAAAAUUUUUUAUCGGAGAAUACGGCGAUUUGAAUGACGAAAUAGUUAACAAUAUUGUGACUAAUUCACGAGUGAAAAUAAUUGAAUUAGUAAAAACCCCCACGAUUACCGAUAGAGGCCUUCAGAUUUUUGCUUCCAUGCAUACACUUAUAAAAUUUUGUAUACGUGAUCGUUUGCAAAAUGUUACCAGAGACGGGUGGCUAGCGUUAGUGAGAAGACCACCUGAUUGUCCGUCCUGGGACAAGCUUUCCAUCAACGACGGAAGAAAGAUUGACUCGGAAUUUUUCGAGAUUUUGCAUCACGAACAUCCGAACCUUCGUAAGCUCAAAGUUCGUGGGAUCAAUCGAAACCUUUAUAAUGACGCGGCAUUCAGCAAACUCAAAUUCAAUGAGUCAUGGCAGCACUGUCAAACCACUUCUUCCACAGCUACCUUUGAUUGGCCAUUGACGCAUCUUUAA